AUGAGCAUUCAAUACCGGCGUCUGGACCCUUCGAGGCGUGAGAUCCGCCUGCUUGAGAUUCAGUCCGCGCGCAGUCUCAGCGAUCCAGUCGAGUGUCGCCUUGUCACAGUUCGCCUGACUGAUGAGCUGUCCCGCGAGUACAUCGCUCUCUCAUCACUCUAUGGCGAUGCGGCCGAGACCGAAAAGAUCUUCGUGGGUGGCCAGACCGUUACCAUCACCGCUCAUCUGGCCCAGGCACUGAAGCAGGUCCGCGCCGUCUUCUACCCGACCAUCUCGCAGCGCUUCCAACGGACGCCGGCCAGGCGGCCUCACGGCGCCCCGCGAUGGCUUAGGCAGCUCUUCGGUCUCAGUAGCUCACGUCAGAGUGACUUGGAGUCGAGGUGUUUGAGAGUGUGGUGCGACUUCCUCUGCGUCAACCAGCGUGACGACGUCGAAAAGUCCAAGCAGCACACGGACAUGCGUAACAUCUACCGCAACGCGGAGCUUGUCGUCGGGUGGCUGGGCGACAAGAUGGACUACACCGAUGAGGCCAUGGCCGCUCUCGCGCGGAUCGAGGACGCCAUGCCGCCCCACUGGGGCGACCCCGGCGACCGCGAAAAGCACCCCGAAGACUACGCGCCAACUCACAAGUGGGCGGUCCCCAUUGCGCCUCUAUGGGCUCCUGGUCCCAACGGCGAGAUUCCGUUCAUGAUGCCGCACUGGGCCGGUGCCAACGACUUCAUGGGUCGUUCCUACUUUCAACGUCGCUGGAUUCUUGAAGAGCUCGCCAUGGCAAGGUUCCCUACCUUUUUGAUUGGAGAUACCAUUGUUCCGUGGAAGCAGGUACUCCGCUUGAACCGCAUGAUGGAGGAGUUCAAGUAUCAUCCAUCCGAGAUCUUCCCCGCGAACCUAUCGGCCAUGAUAGCCGAGUUGCCUCUUGAGACAGCGCACAAGCUUCUCGAUGAGUUUGCAAAGCGGGAGGCGCUAGAGGAGGCCCAGAUCCUCAAGGAGACGGGAAGCAGCAGGGCGACCUCGUCCACGCGAUCCACCGACACCAAGUAA